CUAAAAUUUCCAGCAUCGCGGGGCACUGCGAACUGCUUGUGACAGAGAAAUCGUGCAAGUCUACAGAUUACAGAAGUCGGGCAUACACACAAUAUAACCCUUUUUACCUCCAAGUUGCCACUCCCACCAAUCGGUCUUUAAUUACUACUACAAAUUCUACGCGUGUACCUUUUGGAUUGGCACCUCAUUCCAUGUCGUCCACUCACCAGCCUCAAGGCGCACCAGCCGCUGACGAUGACGACCCCGUCGUUGCGAACUAUUCCGUCUUCAUCAAGCCGACCCUCCCCGAGCACCGGAACCUCGUCGUUCUACAAUAUGUAACCAAAACCGCCCAAGAUCCGGCCCAAAUCCGGGUACCGCGAAUCAGCGAGCUGCGAACAAAGCCCGGCACCGGCAUGUACGAGGUCGACGUGCCCAUCGACACGACCGAGGCCUACGACCGGAACAAGGGCAUGGCGUGGGGUACGUCGUUGCAAAAGUCCAUGGAUGCCAAGAAGGGCGGCAGUCUGGGUCUAGCCGGCGGGUUCAACAUCGUCGCGACGUCCACGGGCGCCAGGGGCCGCCGGGGCGGUGCCGGCGCCGACGACGAACCACCCCCGCUCAACUGGGCUGAGGCAGCGCGGCAAGACAAGGUCCUGCGCAACCAAACCUACGGCGGCGUCCGCAGCGCUGAGGAAGAAAACACCCGCCACAUGAUCGGCGUCUUUCAAGGGAAAAACCUACACCUCACCCCCGUAUCCUCGGUCGUCCACCUCCGCCCCGUCCCGCACCACCUCGACGCGGCCACCGAACAAGAGCGCCUCGCGCGGGGCCCAGCCAGCGGCGGCGGCGGCGGCGGACCCAACCACUCCACCACUCCCGGCGGCGCGGGCGGGGGCGCGGACAAGGCCGCUGGUGGCGGCGCGGGCGGGCGGGCGAUCCACAUGACGAUCAAGUCGGCGAUGGACGCGGACGGCGGGGUGUCGACGGAGACGAUGGCGGACCGGCUGCGCAGCGUGCAGACGGAGGCCUGGCAGCGCAUGGAGUGGGUGCAUGACGAGGCCGAGUUGGCGUGGGAGGCGUAUAAUGAGUGUUUGUUGUUGCGGUCGGGUGGUGGUGGUGGUGGUGGUGCUGCUGCUGCUGCUACUGCGGCGGAGGGCGGUGAUGGGGAUGGGGAUGGGGAGGCUGGGGCGGGGAAGGGGAAGGGGAAGGGGAAGGGGAAGGGGAAGGGGAAGGAGGUUGCUGGCGCUGCUGCUGCCGAGGCGGGGGGGGAUGUUGAUGAGAGUGGCGCGGCGGAUUUGGUGGAGAAGGUGUCGUGGUUGAAGACGGAUUGGGGGGAGGAGGAACUGCUGCGGGCGGUUAGUGGGAUGGGGGACCCCGUCACGGAAAGGGAGAAGGCAGAUGUGAAGGGGGUGGCUAAGGGAAAGCAGGCAGUGGUCAAGACGGAAGAGCAACCAACCGAUGGGCUGAAGCAGCCUGUUCGGGCUGGUAGGGGCGCAGCGGCUGCUGCCUCUGGUGCGAGGAGAAGUACUAGAAAGGGAGCGACUAAGGGCAGUGCGAUGGAGAUAGACUAAUUGCGAGGUUUGGAGCGUGUGUAAGAAGACUAAACAAGGAGUGAUCCUUAGAAACCUGCAUUGCUAGGAGUUUCGGCCGCAUGAUUCAUUCACAAU